AUGCGCUACUUGUGUUCAUUGCCAAUCACAGGCGUCUACGUCUCCUGGCUGCUACCCAGCCAGGUGCGUGGUGUUGCGAAUUACGAUAUCGUACUUCUAUCAGUUGGGGGCGGCUCCAGACGCAGCAGUCCCCCAUGCAUCGUCGGGCCGGAAGGCCGAGCGGUGGCAUCGUCACAGGGACGCCACCAACUUCUGUUGACGAGGCGUGCCACUCUUGCGUACGUCCUGGAUAUGCUCAUCCACAAGUAUCGGCACGUCCUCUCUUAG